AUGAGCAAACUCGACAUAUAUUCUUUUCAAAUAGUCUCACAGUAUUUCUAUUUUGAAAGUGAUUUCAUCAACUCUGUGUUAAUCAACAAGAAAUACCGAUUAUUACUUGAUCGUUUCCGUUAUAAUCCGAUAUCUGUUUCUGAUAUAAAGAUUUUUCCUUUCAUAGAGACGCAGCACUUAUAUACCAAAAACGACAUGAUAAUACCUGAUAUUCACCGCCUUGUUGUGUGGUACCCCGUCUCUUUGCAAGAGUCCAAAACACUGUUUAGUGAAUAUGAUGUGGUAUUCAAAAAUGUCAGUUUGUCAAAAAAAGACGCUAAAAACAAUGAUGUUACUUUAAAUAUCCCACAAUGUGUUAAUACGCUUGGCUUUGAAUUUGAUUCCCAUUUACAAGUUGAGACAUUUGUAGUGCCUGAUCACAUCAAAAAUCUAACAGAACAGCUGUUUUCUUACAAUCAGCAACUCCAGGAAGUGACACUGUCAAAAUGCAUCAGACGAUUGCCAAAUCAGUGUUUUUACAAUUGUGUCCAUUUGUCCAAAAUUGAUAUUCCAGAGUGUCUUUGUGUGAUAGAAGAUGAGGUGUUUUACAAGUGUGGAUUUGUGUCAUUCACAUUUCCAAAAAGCGUCAAUUUCAUUGGAAAAUCACUUUUUGGAUACAACACCAAAUUGGAGGAAGUCGUAUUUCUCAACGAUUUGACAUACAUCCCAAAUUUCACAUUUUCAAAUUGUCACAAGUUGACAAAAGUUGUUCUUCCCACCACUUUGGUGUUGAUAGAAUCGAAAGCUUUUGAUUGUUGUGAGAAUUUGGAGACUUUGGAUAACACGGAGGGUGUCUUGUAUGUCGAAAAUGAAUCAUUUGUUAACUGCAAAAGUUUGAAAAGUUUGGCAUUUCCAAAUCUCUGUAAAAAUGCGCCAGGCACUUUUGAAAAGAUGGCAAAUUUGACGCAACUUGUUCUUCCAACAAUUAACGGGAAAUUGCGAUAUAAAAUUACAAGUGAGGAGGUUCAAAUUGUCAGUAAAUUUUACAGUGACUUUGACGUCAUUUCAAAUGGCAUUUUCAAUGAAAAUGAACAACAAGUGUUUGAUACAGAUAAUGCAAAAACGCUGUCAACAAUAGCAGAAAUCAACAUUCCAAACACCGCCACGUAUAUUUUACCAAACAACUACACAAAAAUAUCUAAAUUGAAUGUAGCAAAAGAAAAUGCCAUCACCACAUUUUACUUUGGUGAAGACGUCGAGAAAGUUGUUCAAAUCGAUUUUAAUGAUAUGAAAUGUUUGACGACUGUAGUGAUGUCACCGCAUGUCACUGAACUUCCCGAGUAUUUAUUUAGCAACUGCAAAAGACUUGAAUACAUCAACAAGACAGAACAGGUGACUCAAAUUGGCGAUUUGUGUUUUUCAAAUUGUUGUUUCCUCAAAGAACUUGUAUUGAACGAGAAGUGUGUGAUUGGGAUGUACUGCUUUGAACAGUGCACGUCUCUCACCAAAUUGGUGAUACCAAACACAAACAAAAAUGUUGAUUAUUUAAUUUCAUCUGAAGACGAGCACAUCCUGAGCAGUCUUGGGUAUGUCUGCCACAACAUUUACUUUGAAUUCACAUGUGGAGACGCGUUUGAGACGCUUGAGUAUGUCAACCCAAAUAUGAUCAACACGUUUGCUGGAGGAAGGUUCCGUGCAAAUGAUGUCGACAGUGUAGUUGUUCCUGAUUAUGUCACUACAAUUGAAGAAAGCUUUUUUGAUUGGAGUGGGUUGGAUUGUAUUAAUUUGGGUGCUGUGUGUGAAUGCAAGUCCACAUUUGACUCAUAUCUCAGUGAAGUGACGAUCCCGACAACAUGCACAAAACUGUGUGAUAAUAUGUUUGAAAACUGCACGUCUCUCACUCGUGUUGAUUUGUGUGGGAAACAACAGUUUGAUGGGUUUGUGAGUGUGGAAGAGAAGAAAUUGUUACACCACUUGGGGAUCAAAUGCAGCAACUUGAUCUUUAACAAUCGGCAUUUCAAAGCAAUUCAUUACAUCCCAAGUGGAUUCCAAAAGGUCGAUUUGUUUGAGGAAGACAACACAACAAGUCGACUAUUAAAAGAACUUGCAUUUCCAAAUGAUGUGUUGUACAUCAAAGAAAUGUGUUGUAUGAAUUUCAAUCACCUCAGCAGUGUGACACUUUCUACAGCACUGUUGGAAAUCCAACAAUACGCGUUUUUGCGGUGUUAUUCCCUCCAAAAUGUUGAACUCCCAAAAUCACUGAAAUUGAUUGGGAAAGAGGCGUUUGAAUAUUGUGUGUCACUGACUACCAUUGUGAUCCCAAAUUCAGUCACUUGUGUUGGAGAAAAGGCGUUCAACAACUGCAACCGUCUUGUUGAAGUGAGUGCACCAAACUCGAUCUAUUCCAACAGUGGUGUUUUUAAGAAGUGUCAUUCACUCACAAAAGUUGUUAUUACAAACCAGUUAAAUACGUGUGACACAUACAAUAACACUUUUUCAUGUUGUGAGUCGCUUUCAAAAAUCGUCAUCCCUAAAAGUGUCACAACACUCACAGAAAAGUCGUUUUAUAGAAUGACGUCCCUGAAAGACGUGGUGAUUCCUGGCAACGUGCUUUCACUUGGCAACAGUGCUUUCAGAGAUUGUUAUUCACUUACCACCGUUGUAUUUGGCAAGCACGUCGAAACAAUCGGGACACACUGUUUCUCAAACUGUGUUAAUUUGGAACAAAUUAACUUGCCAAAGUCUCUCAAAUCAAUCAAGAAAUGUGCAUUUGAAAACUGCAAAAAACUGAAAACCCUAAAAUUUGCAGGGCGUAUUCCUCAAAUCGAGAAAUGUGUUUUUGAAAAAUGUGAAAAUGUAAGGGAAAUCAGUACAAAUGGAAUUAUCACAAAAAUUGUCGACUUUCCAGUCACUUUCAAAGUCUCGGAAAACUUCAGAAAGAAUGGCAUUGGUUGUAAAAAUGUAUCAGAAUUAUUGAUUUAUAUAAAAGUAUUUGCUAAAAUUGAGCUUCGAGUCAAUAUUAUAUUUUUAUAA